AUUAUAUAAAAAAAACCAUUUAUUACGCUAUCAAGAUCAAUAGCCGCACAAAAAUUUCUCCGUAGCAUGGAGAACAUUCCAUUCUAUUGUAAAUGAUCGAUUUUAACAUUAGCAGGAUCAUUUUGGUUGGAGCUGAUGGCAUAAUAUACAGUUACUUGAUUUAGGUUUAAUUACACUUUACGAAAAUAUUUAUUAUUUGAAUGGAGGCCUUAUAUUUUUUGCAAUUAAGUGGUUGCGGCAAUUAGCAAAAUUAACUGACGAAUCAAAGCGUGCUGAUUCAAUUUAUGAUCCAUUGGGGUAGGGUGUCAGAUGAAAUUGCUCGACCCUUUCUCAUAAAUUCUUCGAUCUCUCAAACUAAAUUUUCAGAAUUGUUUAUUUAACGAUUACGCAUGCGCGCCUUCAAAUGCAUAUUGCCAUAAAUUAUGGCUAAAUUCCCCAGGGAAAAUACCACAUUAAUUUUAAAAGUAGAUAUAAACCGAGGAAAAUCCUCUCAACUGAGUUCUUCUGAAGUUUGCCUUACAUAUCACUGUUCUUUUAAUCAUUUUUUACAAGCAAAUCCUAAUGAAAAAAUUAUUAUUACCGAUUCCCUUUUGACACUUUUUACCUCAUUUUCAUAAAACGCCGAGCGCGAUCCGCGCCUCGUCAUAUUUAUAACACGAAAACGGCUCGAAACAAAUUUAUUGAAAACAUUUUUUCAUGGUUUUCCGCCUCAUGUGAUUCAGCACAACAUCGCAAAACAUUGAAAUAAAAAAUUAAGAGUAUUGAUGGAUGCCGGAAGCUUUAUGAUUCGAUUUUUUCGAGUUAGCAAAAGCGUAAAAUAAGCUGUCAGCAGGUCUUAUAAAAAUGAUUGUGAAUUUGAAAACUGGUCAUCCGUAGAUCAUUACGUUAAAUUUCGCCGAGAUAACGUUUGAUUUAAGAUUAAACUUCCUCUUAGUAUCAGUUAAUACAAAUCCGGUUUCCAUGGAGGUAAUCGCUGAAUUAAAAUAAUCAAAGCCGUUUAAAGUAAUUGGGAAUUUAAAUUGAUAAUAGUGGUAAAGGAUCGGAUGAAUAUUUUAGGAAACGUUCAAUCCACUCAAGUGGACUCAACUCCUCAAACAACCCUUCCACUGAGCCCGGUUUUUAGCACAAAAAUAACGCACCUGAAAGUGAACAUUUCCAUUAAUUAUUUAACUGUCAUUAGCAAUUAUUCGCAUUGUGUCAGAUGGAAUUUCAUUAAAACAACGUGCAUUUUACUUUAUUGAAUAUAACCAAUAAUUAAAUCAUAAAAUAUUAAUUUAAGUUUGUCAAAAAUGGUGGAGGCGCCGGGCCAAUAAUUGUAGCACAAAAAUAACGUACCUGGAAAUAAAACUUUUGGUUUACUUAUCUCUCAUUAACAAUUAUUUGGCACUGUGUCAGGUUAAAUUCCAAUUAUUUUAUUGAAUAUACCCACUGGUUUAAUGGUUGAAACGUUUCAGAGAUAAUUUUAAAUAAGUGUUCCGGUUAAAGCCGUGGUGCUAAUAUAAAUGCGACGCGAUACGUUUUAAUGAAGUUUUUCCCCGAUUUCAGCAAUACAUCUACCAGUUAAUUCCCAUUUUUGCUUACCACAAUUAGUUACAAUUAAAAUAAUCAAACCUUUACACAUUUAGAUUGAUAAACUAGAAGCCACGGAAUAAUUAAUCAUUAUUACCGUAAGUAGAGUAAACAAACAGCUGCUGCACGUUUCAAAAUGUGACUUUCGCUAAGCCGACAAAGAUUUAGCCUUUACUGCUUUGUGCCGAAAUAUGAUAGUCAUAGUUUACAAUCUUCUUACCAGAUAGUACACACCGAAAAACUGUGAAAUGUACGCACGCAUAUCAUAUUCAUAAGCAUAUAAACAAAAUCCCCAGAAACACUGAUUGCACACAUCUACACUUAACAAGCAAAAUUGUUUUAUUCACGAUAAAGCCCCGACUAUCGGGAAACCAGAUCACUUAGAGGAUUCUGGAGCACUCACUCACACUUUUACGUUUUUCAGACAUUGUUUUAUUCAUCUGCUAACGCAAAAAACUGAUACCGCGGAUAGAAAGCGAUCGCUUAUAGGCACCUAUACUGUUGAUUCCAAUUUUAAUUCUUAGAAAUAAUAAGAAAUGGUAAAAGUCAAAUUUUAUUUUACGGCUUUUAUGAUUUUUUUUCAGUGCUGCUUAAAAAGUGGGCCAGUUUGGUGUCAAUUUUUGUCACCGUUUAUAACAAAUUAUCCAAUGCAAAAAAUUACAUAGGAUAAAAUCUGAUAUCUGAUAUAAAAUCAGGAUUAUGUGCUUUGAUAAUUACGCUAAUGCUUUUUUUAUACGUAUUGUAUUUUGUCUGUGGUAAUCAUAUUUGAUAAAUGUUUGUAUUGUGCUUGCGAUGUAUUGGAUGACAGCGAGAGUGACAAUUAUUACCUUCAAGGCUCGAUGGAAAGUCAUCAAGUGAAGUUUUGUGUCACGAAAAAUCGAUCGUUGUUUGUUAUAUUGCACAAACUAUUUUUAUUACUUAAAUAUGCAUGCUGAACUGUGGUUCAAUAAAAAAUUCACUCGUUAAGAUUAACAGAUUAUCAUGGAAACGUUCAUAAAGCGUCGAAAACUAUAACGAUGAAAUUCCGUUGAGGAAACCAAUUUAUUCGUUAGGACCAGAGAGAAAAAAUAAAUUGGAUACUCCAAACCGACUAUUAUUGGACAUAUGUGUCUUUCUAUUAUCUAAUCAUGCCGGUUUUCAAGUCCAUUAACUAGGACUAGAAACGCUAGCAUAAUACUUUUGUGCAAGGUAAUACUUAGAGUGCAAUUUUUUCGAAAUCCUCUGAGAUUCUUUGCAAGCAUAGAAUUUGAAGUUUUGUUGCGUCAAGUUCUUUUGUCGGUUCGCUUUGGUUAUAAAGAGCGUAUUUGGUUUUGUACUUUUAGAAAACCGUCGCGUAAAGAUGUGCAGUAUAAAUUUGCUUGAAGAUCAAGGCCAGCAAUUAAGCUCCGAAAGUAGCUUAAUUUCGCUAUGAAUUUGUCGGUGUUCGCGAGAAAGAUCUGAUAUUAAUGUUUGUUGAUGAGUUGCACCGUAAAUUCGAGUAAGGUGUACAAAUGAAUGUCUCGCUCCGGAAUAGAUUAUGAUCCUUUUAACGAAGUUUCCCAAACACGCCGUCAUUAGAAUCACGCGCGGGCUUCUGCAUCUAAUUAGUCGAUUAUUUUGUAUUAUUAGCUGAUGAAAGUCAUAAUGCAUCUGCCAGGCAGCUCCCAAUAACGACGAGUGUCCCGAACUUGAAGAGCUUUGCAGCAAAAACAUCUAAGUCGUCGUAUUGUUAAUCUCUUACUUCUAUCGGUAGGAAAACAAACAAAACAUUCUUAGAUUUUAAUAACACUAAUAAUAACGAUAAUGUUUAUUCAUUCAGUGAACACAAAAUUACACAAACUACUAUAAAUGUAUAAAUAAGUCAGAUACACAUUAAGGAGCCUUAGUUUAUUCUAACUUAAAUCCGAUAGUAGAAUUAAACCUAACUAAGAUGUGAGAAAAAAACUAUAAUUAUUACCUUUUGAUCUCUUUUGCACAAACAGCUUUCGGACUAGUUAAGUGCUAGUCCUCUUACUUAACAAUGUGCUAUUAUCGUUCAGCUCUUUAAAAAAAAGUUACAACAGUCUACAACGCCAAAUGGUGAAGGACAUGCCAAUUUUUGGAAAUAAAUUUGGUUCCUCUUUGGAGGCUUGUUUUUUGUUUCGUAUGUUUGAAUGUGCAUGGUAUAGUAUAAAAGUAUGCCAAAUUAAAAAUAACUGCUAAAACAAAAUCGUUCUUUCCGUAUACGUGCAAAGAGUAAAAAAAAUGAGAAAUUUUUUGAAUUUAGAGGAUGACUCCGCAUAUUUCUCUUUACGUGGUCCGAGUUUGGUGAGUCUCGAGUCCGAAACCUUUGUAAGAUCUUGUAAAGUUUUUCACUAUCCGAAAGAUGGUCUCCGUAAGCCGCCUCAGGAUCGGCUCAGGUAGGCUCAGGAGUCGGUGUUUCAGACGUCCACGUGGAGUUGAGCGCUGCAUCGAGCGCAGCUUGGGCCGGGCGGCGGCGGUUCGUCCGGGCGGCGGCGCAGGUCCGAACGGCCACCAGCUUAGACACAUUCGCGUACACAUGUCGCACGCCGCGGUCACGCACACCACACGUUGCUUUACGCGCGCAUCGCUCCAGGUGAGUGUACGUGGUUUCUGUUGUAGGUCAGUGACCGCACUUUGAUUUGCAACUUGCCGGUAACAACAAUCUCGCGAAACACUCACAAACUAAACUUAAACAAAGUUUCGAAAGAAAAAACUUUCAGCGGUCCAAGCACUGGCCCGCUCCCUGCGACUAUCUCACGGUUCUAACUAAUUUAGUGUUCACAUUUCGGAACACUCCUAAUCCAUUUGCCUAAUUUUUCUAAAGAAACUCCUAAAUCUUCUGGUUGGGAAAUUAGAUCGCUGGUGCAGACCGCCAACGCGGCGUGCGUACGCGUAAAAGUGUGUUUGGGUAUUGUUAUCUUAAAUCGUGGUUGAAGAGGAGGAUCUGGCGAACUCCCACGCAAAUAAUAUGUUUUUGUAUAGGUGCAACAGGUCUGUUGUAUGUGCAGAGCGCAGCAUGCUGUAAGGGGAAAAGGACGCCAUGGUGGAUAGACAUCGUUACAGCAUUAACCAGAUAGAAGAACCAAGGCCUAGGCCAAGAUGGGGAAGUUUGGCAAAUGAACGCGCUUUGCUGGAUCUGCUCGAUGGCGAUCAGCAAAAUUUACAACCAGCUUCGCUCACGUUGGCCCCUAUCAACAAUUCGAAUAUUUAUGCCCGCAGGCAUUCGGCACACACUUGUCCUAUCACGGAGGAAAGACAUGCACCGGUUGCUAGCAUACCACCGCCUGUUCCAUUGCGACCACCUGCUGUCCCCAAAAGAACGCAUGUUCCCGCACCGGUGAACUCGUCCGAAAGUGCAAAGAUGAACGUUCGGCCCCAACCGCAGCCACCCCCAGUAAUCCCCCCUUUGCCAAAAUCUCGAGCCUUGCCCCCCAUCCCCACUGUAGAUAAUAAACCGAGACCGCCCGUUAGAAACCAAGUUUCAACCGACUCCAGUAAUAUAAAUAUCUUAUCACGAACGUACGACUUAAAUAGGAACGCGUCACCGAAACAGUCAAAUAAAAUACCUGCUUGCACGUUUGAAUUUAAUUCUGUGACUCAGGACUUCACAAAGAUUCCUCCGGCGCCCGUGGGGCCGCCACCACCGGCGCCGAAAACUUGCCAUAAGCCCACCAUCUCUCCGGCGAAUAAAGUUCCCGGAAAUCAGCAGUGUAACGGGGGGAGGGUUUCAGUACGGCAGGACUCGGGCAUAUCGAGUGAUAGUUUUAGUCAAACAUCUUCUCCGAGUUACACCACAAAAACAAUGGAAACUCCCCUCUUGCCCCCGAAGACCCCCGUCAGACAACAGAACGGAAUCUUAGCAAAAGUCCAGAAUGUCGAAGACGACGCUAAUGGCAACACGACCAUUACUAAAAGUGCAUCGACGCCUGCGAGUUUGCAGACCAUCGUGCGCUUUCAUAAUGGUUCGAACAUGUCGCUCCACCAUAGGAUAAUUAGAGAUAUGAGACGUCCCUCGAGCCACUAUGCUCGACGUUUAAAAUUAAGGUUUAGAUUUGCUCAAAUUAUUAUUAAUGCAAUUGCCUUGUUUGCCAUAGGCGCAGGGAUGGCGGCGUACUUUAAAGCUUAUCCAUCAUCAGUGCAAGUAGUGAAUAAAACACUCAAUACAACAAUUGCUCCAGUUGUAGAAAAAAUUAGUACGAAUCCAGCACCCGGAAUCUGUCUCCCCGUGAUUGUAAAUUUCUGUCUCCAACAUAAAGUACCUUACAACUACACUGUUUUCCCCAACUACAUGGGCCAGUUCGGCCAAAGAGACGCUCAACAAGAGUUGGAACUCUACGAUGCUGUUGUAGAUGUGCGUUGCUAUGAACUUUCAGCACUGUUUCUUUGUUCGCUUUUCGUACCUAAAUGUGGCCCCCACGGCGAGGUAGUCCGGCCCUGUCGCAACCUCUGCAAUGAGACAAAAAGGAGGUGCGGUUUCUUUCUAGAUGUGUUCGGACUCACCCUCCCGGAAUACCUCGACUGCAGCCUGUUUCCGGAAAAGCCGGAUCGCGGUCACUGCAUCGGCUACCACGAAGUCAAACAAGCCAAACUUCGAGCCCAAAGACCAGUCUGCCCAAACGGCUUCCAGUGUGACGUACGGCGUUGCAUUCCCAAAGACUGGCAAUGCGACGGUCACAUGGAUUGCAAAGACAAAUCCGACGAAUUGAAUUGUAAAAAAUGUGGCCCGGGGAUGAUCCACUGCGGGGGUGACAAAUGCAUAACGCAGGAACAUAUGUGCGAUGGAAAAGUGGAUUGUCCGUGGGGCCAGGACGAAAGGAACUGUCUGAGAUUAAGUGAGCGAAAUGGAGAUGAAGGAAAGGGACAGUUGGAGGUGUAUAGGCCUGAUCAAGAAGAAUGGGUGCCGGCAUGUGUGGCACACUGGGAUCAAAAGACGUCGCCAAAAUCGAUCUGCUCACUUCUUGGAUACUCGAAUUCCAACGGAAGUCGUUUAUUGAGAGGCACCGACAUAAACAUUUCUCCGCCAAUUCAGGAGACAACGGCUAUCUGGCGAAUGAACCAGAACAAGCGGCCGAAGAACAUGAUUCGAGAAUUUGGUUCGUGCAACGGCACGACCUACCCAACUGUGGCUCUAAAUUGUACAAAUUAUAUGUGUGGGAAAGCCCGGAAAAGUUACGCGGAGCGGCUCACUUUGAGGAUAGUCGGGGGUGUUCCAUCAAAGCCGGGCGACUGGCCAUUUCUUGCAGCUUUGCUUGGAGGUCCCGAAGAAAUAUUUUAUUGUGCGGGCGUUUUAAUCGCCGAUCAGUGGGUGCUUACGGCAUCUCAUUGUGUCGGGAACCAUUCGGAUGUUUCCGGGUGGACCAUCCAGCUGGGCAUUACCAGGCGGCAUGCUCAUGCCUUUUACGGCCAGAAAAUGAAAGUUAAGAAUGUUGUUCCACAUCCGUUGUAUAAUCUUGGGGUGGCACACGACAAUGAUGUCGCUUUGUUUCAACUCUCGUCCAGAGUCGAUUUUCACGAACAUUUAUUGCCAGUUUGUCUUCCACCUGCCAAUAAGCAACUUCACCCGGGAACAAUUUGUACAGUGAUCGGAUGGGGCAAAAAAGAAGACACCGGAAUGUCAGAAUACGAACCCGAAGUAAAUGAAGUGGAGGUGCCCGUUUUGAAUCGGGACUUGUGUAACGCUUGGCUGGAAAAUCGAGAACUGAACGUUACAGAUGGUAUGAUCUGUGCCGGGUAUAAGGAAGGAGGAAAAGAUGCCUGUCAGGGAGAUUCCGGGGGUCCUUUGCUGUGUCGCGACAACAACGAUCCAGACCGAUGGUUCGUAGGUGGAAUCGUCAGUUGGGGAAUCAAAUGUGCUCAUCCGCACCUCCCCGGAGUUUAUGCUUACGUUCCCAAAUAUAUUCCUUGGAUUUUACAGCAGAUGAAGCAUUACUCUGAUUAGAUAGUAGAUAAGACAAUAAUCUCAAUUAAGCUGACAAUAAUGUAACAAGAAUGAAUGGUACAAAUUAUACACGGUAACUAUGGUUUUCUAAGACAUUUACAUGAACAGAAUGCUUACAAAGUUACUUAGUAAAACGCAUUUAUUAUAUUGUGGUAUAGCAGUUCUCCCCUGCCACAAUCCAGCUACGCACAAUAUCUAGAAUGAUCCUCUAGUGAUAUUUCGUGACAAUUCACCUAGUGUUCGAGCGGACCGCUACUACAUGUGAUCUGUUUAUACAGCUGUGUCAUAUACAACUUUGAGCGGUAUUAAUAAAUAUACUGAACUAAACCAUGCCGUAACAAGUCAGCACCUUGAAGCAACCCGAAUCGAGUGCACCAAACAUACAUCCGACAGAGUGGUGGAAUGUCGGAUGUUUUGAUAAUUAAAUAACUCGAAAACUUUGGAAACUCCUCGGAAUGAAAUUUUUGCGUGAAAAUAAACACAUAACUUAACACAAGUUGCGAAGUUUGUCAAAACAAUCAGAUUGAAUAUUGCAUGAAAUCAGUGUGUUUGUCAGAAAUCUCGAAAUCGAAAGAAACGAUCAAGUUUUAUUGUGACGGUUGAAUGUAUAAUAUAUGCCCCUAUUGUGAAUGUAUAAAUGUAUACGUAAUGUAUUUACACCGAAAUAUGCGUCUUCUUUUUGCUCGUGAAAGGAAUUUCUGAGGUCAUUGCUACAACCCUUUAGCGAGCAUGAAAAGUUCAGUAUAUUUCGUAAGAUCGCCGUCUGUGCAGAAGUCUUCGAAGGCCCUAUUAGUUAAGCCUUGCGCCCUGGUGCUGGUGUACCCGUGACAAUAACAACUUCGGAGCCUUCUGCAGUGCUUAAAUAUAUUUUAUACCCUUAGAAAGAGAAGAUAUCAUAGUUUUCUAUAGAUUUAUAACGAUGUUAUCUAGUGUCUACUGUGCGCAGGUCAUGAAUUUUACAGCUCGCGGCAAGGACCACGCUCAACCAGAUCGAAGGAUAUUUCGCAUCAAAAUUUACAAGAACAGUUACGUCGCUGAAUUUAUUUUAACAUGCGAUUUAAUCAACAAUCCCUGUCAAUCCCCCGAAAGUUAAUUAGUUCGGUUUGAGACGGUUUUCUUGGGAGAAUGUCGGAGUCUGGGUCUGGGGAAUAAAUUUUCUCGUACCUCAAUACCUUAUUAUUAGCUUGUCCUCGCCGUCGGCGAUUGUCAAAUUCCACAGUCCCUGCGUUUAACUAAAAUUGCGACGUGUGGGCAAUCACUAAUGAAAUACGUUGUACAUGUUUCUAAAUUGUGUUUUUCAUAGAGAAAAUAAUACAAAAGUCAUUAAUCACUCAAGACAAUUUCAUUAUGAGUUGUUACUCCUCAAUAUUGGCUGCAGGAACUACAAAAACGUUGCAGUGAUAUUAGACCUUAAGAUACCACUAAUUCAAUUUAAGUAGAUUUAAACAGACGACUAAGCCAAUUAAAAUUUCUGCAGCCGGUAUUCACGGCGACUUUACGUGAUUAAUGACGCAAAUAAAAAAUAGGCUCACAUGAAAUUUUACAUAGUGUAACAUAUCUCGGAGAAUCAUAAAAAUUAAGUGAUAUUACAUAUCCUGACAAUAUUUUAGACAAUAAAUAUAUAUUUAUACAUCAUGUGGGUGCUUUCAUGUGAGCUUUGAAAUAUGCGUAAUUGUUUGGGAAAAAAACACUAUUUUGAUAGAACCGUUCUUAUCUUUUAUGAGAUUGUUUAAAUUAGGCGAAGUUGUUCACUUAUGUGUUCCUUGGCUUUUGCUGCUACAUCUAGUCGAUGCAAUGGGACAAUAACUGGUCUAGUUAUGUGUGAUGUCCGGUCAGCAUGCUAUGUGCUUCCAGUUACCGCUCCUGUAUUAUUGAAACCUGUGUUGAAAAAAUGUAGUCAAUAUAUACUAAAACAUA